AGCAGUUUGUUUCAAAACGGGUCAAGGCAGCCAGUGGCGCGUGAUGCAGGUGAGCAGCUGCAGGUGUGUGUAUGUGGACAGGUUCAGAGGGGGCGGGGCUUGUGGAGUACCUGCUGCAGGUGAGUUUAACCUCCCAGUUCAGCAGCUGAUCAGGAUACAGCCUCACCUGGGUCACCGGAAGUGCUAUUAAGUUGUUUCCCUGCGGUUCUGGACGGGGUCCACUUCGUCACGUUUCCUGAAAUGAGCUCAUCCAGCAGCAGGUGAAGGUCACGUGAUGUCAGGAUGCCUGCAUUCCCACCGGACUGUCCUCCUUCCAUCGCCGCCGCUGGGGGAAGUGAUGUCAUGCCUGGACAGGAAGUGAGGGACAUGGAUCUGUCUCUGGAUCUGUCCUCGUCUCUUUUCCUUCCCUCCUUGUCUCUGAAUGAGGAGGAAACGCAGCAGGUGGACGACGGCUGGAGCCAAGAUGGAGACCUGCAGGGAUGUGGACAGUUGGAGAGGAGGUGGGUCCUCUGGCACGAGUUUAUGAAAGAACACGCCCACCUGGACUCCUGGCUGCGAUUGGCCGAGCAGGCUGCCAGCUCCUUUAACCCCGCCCUCGUUACCUAUGUCACUGCCAAGGACGAACUGAGGAAGUUUGAGAGGCUGCGGUGCGAGGCCGGGUCGCGCCUGGUCCAGUUGGACAGUCUGACCCGGAGGAACCGAACGCUGACUCGACUGUUCCAGGGCGCCAUGAAGGCUCGGCUGCUGGUGUCGGCGAGGGAGUGCGGGCAGCGAUGGGACGACGUGAACGCCAAACUGGAAUCCAUCACUGAGCGACUGAAGCUGUUUGUGUCAGAGUGGGAGGAGUUUGAGGCAGAGAGGGAGGAGCUCGCUCUGUGGUUGGCUGACCUCGACGGCCGUCUGACUGAGGUGGAUCACCUGACAGGAAACACCUGCGAAAAGCUGCGACGACUCCAGUCCUUCCAGCAGUGUGUGUGCGUGAACUCGGGCCGUGUGAACACGCUGCUGCAGCGCGGCGAGGCGUUGAUCCAGCGCAGCCAACCGGCCGACGCUCAGCACGUGGAGAGCCGCCUGCUGGAGCUGCUGCGGCGCUGCAGCCUCGUCUACAACAACGUCGCACGGACACACACCCGGCUGCUGAGCAUGAGACUGGUGUUUGAAGACGACUGGAUCCUGUCUCAGGCGACAGACUCUGGUUGUCCUUCAGAGAGUCUGUUGGAAGACGAGGGAGCGCUUGAUAAAUCUCACCUGGAUCCUGGUCGUUCAGUAGAGCCGCCUUCACCCGUUCACCUGCCUCCUCCUCCUCCCUCUCCGUCCUCACCUUCCCAUGAGCACCUGGGGCUGGAGUGGGACCCCUCAGUCGACAUCGGACGCUCGGUCUCCCGUGAGGACGCCGACUCGUCUUACUUCAGUGCCAGCACAGGUCUGUGUCACAGAGACGGUGUGAAGAGGCGGAGCUACCUCAGCUCUCAGUCUGACAUCACUGAUGAGAACCAGGAAGCAGAUCUGAGGUCUGACGGAUGGCUCGGCCACGCCCACCCCGGAGUCUUCUCACCAAUAGAGAGCCAGCGGGGCGGGACUCAGCUGCACGGAGACCAGUGGGCGACCUCGACUCCUGACGGACAGGAAGGCGAGCCGGUCAGCUUCGACGGCGGGCGUGUGAGGGCGUGGCUGGGAGUCCAGAGCCCCGCCCCUCCAGAGAGGACGACUUCCUGUUGUAAAGCUGUGCAGACGGAUGGAGAGGCGUCUGUAUGUGUACCUGUGCUACAGUGUCACCUGGACAGAAGCCACAUCACGGAGCCCGACACUCCACAGCCACGUGACCUGAAAGCCUCGUCUGAUUGGAUGAAGCACCGAUUUCGAUCAGUCCUUCAGGCUGAUGAAGAGCCGUCCUGUUGUGACCAACCUGAACGUCUUCUCGCCGAGCAAAGUGUGUCCGGUGCCUCCUCCUCCUGCUCCUCCUCCUCCUCCUCCUCCUCCUCCUCGCUCUCCCCGGCCCUCCUCUACCUCCUCCUGGCUGCAGCUCUGGUUCUGCUGGCCUGUCUGAUCUGGGUCGCCCUGGAGCCGCCGUGCCAGCGCAGCAGCCGGCUGCCUCGUGGCUUCCACCUGACUCUGAGAUACGUCAGCGGACCCCCGCCCACAUGAAGACGUCCGGAGACUCUCAUGGAGGACGUGUGGACGGAGCGCUUUCCUCAGGCUCUGCAGAACUGAGGUCUGCAACUGUAAACAUGUGAUGUUUCAAAAAUGUGCUCAUUUCAAUAUAACAACCCCCGAGUCUGAGUCGAGCCUCAACGAUCCCACAGAAAUCUGCAGGGACGCUCGAUGAGAAGUCUGAAUAAUUCGACCUCCAGUCUUCAAACAUGAGUCCACAACACGGCACGUCCAUCAUCACCUGUGUAGCCGACCACAUCUCACAUCACUAGCCUGUUAACGUGUCACUCGACAGCUGUCGGUAAGAAAAGUAAGUCCUGAAAGAUCUGAAAGUCACAAAAAAUAAAAAAAGACACGUCCAUCAGUUAUGUUUUCCCUGAACUAUAUAUACUAUACUAAAAUAAAAAUGGAUGUCAGAUUGAGUUUGAUCAGUUCAGAUCUGAUGAUCAGGAGGAGAAACAUUCUGAUCUCAGCGUUUACACAUUUAUUGUGUUGAUCCCUCAGUUGUAUUGAAAGAUAUGAACGUACUGGAGGCACAAUAUCAUAAAUAAAUAGUUUAACCAUAAACCUUGUUGUCUAUAAUGAACAUCAGUAGGAAUUUGAUAACGUUAAAUAACAGUAAGCAUCUUUUUCUGCAUCAUAAUCUCUGAAAUGUAAAGUUGUAGUCCGUCUCUAUGAAAGAAGGAGGGCAGAUUAAAGCUGCAUCAGCACCAAGACAACAAAAAAACCUUCAUUUAUAUUUAAAAGAGCUGAAAUGAUGUCAUCAGUGGAGGAUGGAGGAUAUUAUUUGCAUCAUUCAGCUCCACACUGACUAAAUCUCACUGGUUUGGAUGCAAAUUCUCCGACCUGCAGCUGCGUGAGAUACACAACCUGCAAACGCUGACUCCUGAUUGGUCCGAUGUCAGCUGACCGACUCCUGAGAGCUGGAAACGAGGCUGCAGUUCCUCAACCUACCAAAAACCACAUCAGUUUCUGACGACGACGUGGUUUAUACGAAUAAGAUCCAUUUCAUUCUAUCGCUCCUCACUCAGCGCGUUGUCAGUUCUGCCGUCCUUCAGAUUAACAGUGUAAAUACAAUAUAAUCUUAGAUUUUAAAUACAACUGUGAACUAACAGCAGGUACAGAAACAUGUCUGGGUUCAUAAAGUAAACUAUAUUUAUUCAGUUUAAUCCCAGAGAAGAAAAAUGAUUUAUCUUUAUGAAUGUUGGUCAAAGAAUCCUGUAAUUUGUAUAGAGUUGCUGUGUUUAGUUGAAAGUUAUAAAUCUGAUUUGUUUGACUGGAUUUCCAAUAUUUUAGUGGUAAAACUUGGAACAACCAAAACCAUCGAUGCCUCUUUUAGUCGGACGUGAACCUCUGGAGCGGCUCGGCUGAAACAAGCGCGCUCAUGUUGCAGGAAAUUAAAGUUAAAUGUGUUUGUUUGGGAUUAAAAGAAGACGUGUGAGAAGCAACACGCUCUUAAAUUAACACAGUUUAUCCCAAAAACUUGAUGACGCUGUAAAAUCAAACGUGUCUUAUCCUGAAAUUUGACUUGUCGGCUUGUUUUAUUUUUAUUUCUCUACAUUAAAAACAUGGAAUAAAGAAUAAAACACGAGGUUACUGGUCACGUUCAGACACUUUGUGACGUGGGAAGAUGUUUUGUGUUGCUUCUGAAGAUUGUAGCCUUAAACUGCUAUCUGUGCUAAUGUAGCUAAAGCUAAUGUAAAGGGUGCAGCUAACAAGCUAGCUCUCCGUCAGUGACUGUAUGUUGUCAUUUGCCACUCAUGAAGUAUUUUAUACUUUAACACUGAUCACCAGCUGCCCUGUUAAACCACGACAGCACUUGUAUUUAUAAUUCAUGAUGUUUUGUAACAAGCUGUAUAUUAGAAACUGUAGUAAAUUUGAAAUUAAUGUCAAAGUUUAGAUCAUUUUUUUAUGUUUUAGCCUUUCAAACUACAGAUCACACAUCCAUCGUCCGUCACUGAAGGUCUGUUCUGAUCCACGUCAGUGUUUCUGGAUGUGGUUUUCUUUCAGUCAGCUGCUGGUUUCACUUCAUUUCUUUUUAAAAAUCAUCUUGCACAGAUUUGAAUCUCGCUGCAGAGAGAUUCUCCAUCACAGCUGAGACUCUGUUCGUGUGUGUGGUGAGCUGAAGUUCUUUCCCACAAGAACAAUGUUUUCACUCUGACCGAAGUAAGAGCGAACACAUGAUGGAUUAUCUGUUUGCAGAAGGUCGCAAGUCUCCGCAGGUCGAUUCUCAGAGACAGCGAAGCGUUUCUGCUUUCAGUACGUUGAGCGUUUGUGCAGCGGGAGAGGACGUUUACAUCUCCGACUGUUGUGAACGCAGCUGAAGGGCUGAAACAUAAAAACAUAACAGUAGAGUAAAGAUUUAUCUGUGGUCGUUUCUUGCUGUGUAAUUCCGUCCAGUAACAAUGUCAACAGUGUGAUACUGUUACAGCUUUAAGGUGCUGUUGGGUUUAUUGAUAUCAAGAGUUUCCAAAACUAAUGUCACGGCUGGAAGAGACCAACUGUGACACCAUGACUCUCUCAGGGGAAGAAGUCGUCCAGGUUCCCUAAAACUCUCAAAAUCAGGAAGAUUCAGUUGUUGUCUAACAAAAUAACUGGAAAGGGAACUUGUUCAUCGCUGCCAUCCGAAACAUUUCACUGUUUUGUUUUGUUUUUUUGUCACGAUCACUGUUUAAUAUUCCAAAAACAACAAAUGUUCAAAUGAAAUGUUUUUGCUUUUUUGUACACACGUUUGAAGAUACUAAAUAAAAUGAGUUGUAUGGAA